UCAUCUUUCACACAGGUUAAUAAGUGGCUGGCUGAACAGACAUCACUUAUUCCAGAACAGCCACUUGCUUCAGAUUAUCUAACUGCUCCAAGGCGCAGAAGACCAAGGGUUGAUCCAUCUCUUCUGGAUUGGAAAAAACUCACCGGAGAGGAAAAUGUUUCAGUAAUAAUAGGCUGACAGGCAAAAAGAUGACUGGGAAUAAAGCACCACAGCUGAAACGAUUAGCACAGUGGUUACUGGAGAAUCCAAUGUUUGAUGUUGAUCCAAAAUGGGCAGAACUGGUCAAAGAGAGGGGUAAUCUCCCACAUGACUUGCAGAAACGUGUACCAGCAAAUGAGAGGAAGAAAGGCCCUGGACGACCACCUCUGCUCUCCAGUCCACCAGGGCAUCAGCCAACUGUCAGCCAGCCCAAUCUAGGAACAUCAGUGGCAUCAUCAAUCCCAUUCCCUUCAUUGGCAACUGCAGGGCUAAGUGGACUUUCAGCAGCUGGCUUAAAUCCCAGCAGUAUACUGUCAGGAUUAUCUUUGGGUGGUUUUGACCCAAAAAAUAAUCCAUUGCUUCUCCCCUUCAGUGGAAUGCCAAACAUGAGUGCUUUAGGGAGUAUGAGUGGACUUGGAAAUCUUAAUAACAUGAACUUGACAAAUUCCUUAUUUGCAAAUUUAGCAAACUUGGGAUUGCCGUCAUUAGCAGGCAUGGAUGGAAGUGACCUUGGCGUUGUUGCGUCGGGAUCAGCCACCAAAACAAAGAAUCGAAAACCAGCUGACACUGAGCGCAGCCAUAGUUCCACAAAACCACCACCUGUGUCAUCUGCUUCAUCAAGUAUUCCAUCUUCUGCAUUACCUUUCUUUUUCCCAAAUCCAAGUCUCCUGUACACUCCUCUUGGACUUGGUGGGCUAAACCCAUUUUCAAUGCAACCAGGUUCCAUGUCUUCAGCAUAUGACAGUCUAGCUCAGCAGUGUGGUUUGUUGAAUGGGAGUCUCGGUGUGUCAGGAGUAUCAACAUCAACAUCGGCAUCAUCGUCAACAAGGACUGGGAGUCAUAAGACUCAGAGCACGUCACGUGCAACUACUGUCACGUCGUCUUCUCCGUCAUCAAAUACCAGCAGUCACAGGCAUCAACGUUCAUCUACACGGGACAUUCUUGACCGCGCACAACAGCAGCAGUUACAACAGCUUCUGUUGCCGCAUGAUACUCACCUGCUGGAGAGCCUCAGUAGAGUACAUUCUGUAGAAAAUGCUUUUAGGAAUGAGAAACGAUCAAGAGAGUCUGAUCGGAAAGAGACCAUUGAUGUGCUACGUGGUGAGAAAAGAUCUAGGGAUGCUGAACGCAAAGAUGUCGCAGAGAAUUUGAGUAAAAAUCCACAGGUAGAUUAUCCUUUUAGGGCAGAAGACAGGCCUUUGAAAAAACUGAAGGCAGAAUUAGAAAGAAAAGAUUCAGCAGAAAAUCUAACUCCCAAUUUUGUAUCGAAUCUAUUACCUCAUAAUGAGGAAUGGCUGAAGCGUUCUUGUGAUGUGGAAAUGAAAGAUACACUUGAAAACCUUUACAGAAGCUCACUUGAGGGAAUAGACAGAGAUGACAAAAUGAAUAAGAAAUCCUGUGAUAAUACCACGGACAAAGACGUUGUAGAGAGUUUUUCAAGUGUUAAUAAUGUGUGCCAAAGUGAAGAAAGGUCUAAGAUUUCAAAUGAGACUGACUCUAGAGAGGUGGAAAAUGUACAUGACCCACCAUUUAAAAACACUUUUGAUACGGACGCACAAAAUGUUAGUGACAGUGCAGAAACAGAGACUCUACCCGUUACUGCACCUCCACCUGAUGUUUCAGUGGAUCAGGCAGACACUCAGUCUGAAGCUCUUAAUGCGUCUAAUGUUGUUUUACCUUCGACAGCUCAGGAAGAAGUAAAAGAUGACUCUAAAGAAAUAGUGGAUGGUGAUGACAAAACCAUCACUCCAGAAACAGCAUUACCGUGCUUGAAGGAGCAACCGGUGCCUCUUACAACAGAUGCUGAUUGUGGGGGGAAUCCAGCUGAUUCAAGCACAACUCUUCCUCUCUUGCCAGAGGAAGUAGCACCUGCACUGCCCCCAGAACCAGAACAUUCUCCCCUGGAGUUAGCAAAGCCUCAGAAGCCAGCAGCAGCAACAGCAGCUAAUUCCAAUAGUCGCCGGUCCCGCAGUGCCAAGAAAUCUAAGGAAGUGGGUGAGACUGUAAAUGUAGAAAGGAAGGUGCUUCGAAGCAGUGCUGGUCGUGCAGCAGCAGCAGCAGCAGCUAGAGCAGCAGCCGCUGCUGCAGCUGCUGCUGCUAUUGCAGAAAGUAGUGGUGAACAUGACACAGUAGAGGUUGGUGCAGCCGAGGAGAAAGCUGUAGAAGGAUGUGGUGGAAGCACUGGUGGACCUAGCGAAUCUGAGGAAACGUAGCAUUGGCAGUAUUCUGUCCCUGUGUAAUUUAAUACUUCACAUUACAUCAGUACUCUUGGUUGUAUUGUUGUCUUUUUUUUUUAAUUUUAAUGUUAUUGACUGUGCAUUCUGUGAUAGCCUUUUCCAACCAUAACGUGUAGUGUAUGUACUGUGUUAGUUGAGCACAUGAUUUUCAAAUUGGAGGGUGGGGGAAUGUUAAGAAGAAAAUUGUUUUCCCCUGCUCAUCGUACAUAACUGCCAUAAAUAGUAUGUCAGAAAUGUGAGGAAACCUGUGUUCAUGUGUGAAUGAAAUUUUGUAUUCACAUGUGAAUAUUAUUAUUUUGCUUUCUUGUCCUUUAUUUUCUUUUGUUCACUGUCAUGUCUGUAUUAUUCACACACACACACACACACACACACACACACACACACACACACACACUUGCACAUGUUCAUAUAUAAACAUCCAUCUAUUAAAAAAAAUAUAAAUAUAAUAUAUAUAUAUUUAUCUUGCUGUAUUGUAAUUCUGUCAGGCACAGUGUGAGAGAAAUGUGUUGGUGAAUGAUUGCCUGUAAUCUCAAAUAUAAAGAGUUACUUGUGGUUUUUAGCAUAAUAUAUGCUAUUGCGUUUGUGGAAGUGAGAAAAAGAUGUUGAGUUUUGUAUUACCUGAGCUAAAAUUUUAGAAUGUGCUGGCAAUCAUUUAUCAGUAUUAUUGCUUUCAGACAGUGCACUGUUUUUAUAUAUUAUGUUACAUUAUACAGAAUUCCGCAAACACGUCACUAUGUAUAUAUUCAACAUCUGUGUAAAAUGAGAAUGUGCUCGAAUCACAAAAGAAAAAAAAAAUUUAAAAAAAUGAAUGCGAACGGUUGUAAAGGGUAUGUUCGAAUGGCUGAUGUUUUAUUUAACUGUAACAAUAAUUGUAGCAAAGGAAAUACAUACUGUUGUUACUUAGUAUUAGUUAGUAAUUUAUAAACUGAGUAAAUUUCCCCCAGAAAACUCAAAGAUACGUCGUAACCUGUGCACUAUUUAUUUUUUAAAUUAAUCUGGAUUGCAUUUAAUAUUAUGAGCUUUGCUCGUUUGUACCGUAUAAAGUCUGUGAGACAAAGAAAGACUAUGAGUAUUAGCACAUCACAGAAGUUGGAAUUGCAUGAAGUCAGAUUGCUAAGUUUAAAAAAAUAUAUAUAUUGCAAUGGCAGCUCAUUUCGUUCAUAUGACUGUUGUGUUUAAUUUAAUGAAAUUUAUCGCAUGCUGUAGUUGCUGAAUUAUGUUCCUUGUUUUCAUUUGGUCUUGAUACAUGGUUAUGAAGGAAUUUGUAAGCAGUGAUCAGAGACAAAGCUUCAGCUGUAACCUGGUGUCAAAUAUAUAAGAAGAGAGGUAAGUGUUACAAUAAAUAAAUAAAUAAACUCUUUUUAGA